AUGAAGAACACUUUACUUUUGCUUGCCACCCUUGGCGGCCAGAGUGCUGCCCAAACACUAUAUGCGGCGUCGUACGCAGGCUCUGUCUAUUCCUUGGGACUUGGCAAAGCAAACGGAACACUUGCUCUGUCAACACAAUCCCAGUCGACAGAAUGUGGAGCCAGCCCUUCUUGGUUGAUGUUGGAUGGUGCCAACGAGAUCCUGUACUGCCUCAAUGAAGCCAUUGGGGCAUCUAAUGGCAGCAUCACCUCCUUCAAUACCCAUGGAAAUGGGUCCCUUGAUGUCAUCCACAACUUGACCGUUCCUGCUGGCCCCGUGAUGUCUGCUAUGUACUCUACUCCAGGCGUUCAUGAUCAUCAGUUCUUUGCUGUUGCCCACUAUGAGACAUCGACAGUCACAACGUACGCCGUCGACCCCAUCAGAGGCCACUUCAAGCUCCUCCAAACAUUUACAUACAACAUGUCGGCCCCGGGACCAAAUGCAGCGCGCCAGGACGCCCCUCAUCCCCAUGGAGUGACGGUCGACCCUACUGGCCGAUUUGUUCUGGUGCCUGACCUGGGAGCAGAUCUGGUGCGCAUCUAUUACAUCAACCCGGUCACGGGCCAUCUGAAGCCCAUAGACCCAUAUGUCGCAGCUCCUGGAUCAGGUCCCAGACACGGGACCUUUUGGACUCCCAAAGGAUCCAGCAGCACCGACACGAACGUCUAUUUCUUCCUUGUGCACGAGUUGGAUAACCUUUUAAGUGGCUUCCGUGUCUCCUACACAGAGCGUGGGAUUCAUUUCUCGAAAUUCUUCGAGGAGAGUUCGUUCGGCAAUGCCACCGCCACUGCUCCUAGUGGCUCCAAGGUUGCCGAAAUUGCAAUCUCGCCCGAAAACAAUCAUAUUGUUGUAAGCAACCGCUUGGACAAUACCUUCGGCCAGAAAAACGACUCCAUUGCCGUAUUCUCCUGUGCCGAUGCCAGCGGCACAUCCUUCACCGGCGUCCAAUCCCUCGGCUUAUACCCAGCAUACGGAUCUUCAGUUCGAGGCUUCGACAUUUCUGGUAAACUGGGAUUGAUUGGCAUCGCUCUGGAGAGUAGUCAAAAAGUGGCUGUUGCACUAUGGAACAAAGCCACGGGACGUCCUGGGAAGCUCUUGGCUGAGAAGGCCUUUGAUGGUGACAUCCCCGCUGUUGCGUGGGAACUUUGA